AUGUCGAACAUCAUCCACAAGGUUAAGGAUGCCGUUACUGGCCACAAGGACUCCCAUGACUCCAAGACACACGGUACCAAGGACACCUACGGCUCCACCGGUGGCAACGAAUACUCUACUGGCUCCAACACCCACGGUUCCUCCACAGGAGCUGGUUACGGAGGUAACAGCGGCCUCAGCUCUGGCCCUGGCUACGAGACUGGCACUCAUGGCUCCUCCACUACAGCCGGUGGAUAUGGCGCUGGUGCUGGCACCGGUUUGAACUCUGGAUCUGGCUACGAGACCGGUACUCAUGGUACUCACGGGUCUCACGGCUCCCACGGUACUCAUGGCACAACCGGCGCCUACGGUUCUACUGGCACUACUGGCACUGGUAACAACUACGGUUCAUCCACCGGCUCUGGCCUUGGCCACAGCUCCGGCCCCAUCGGCUCCGGCUCCGAUACCUACGGCUCAUCCCACACCGGCAACUAUGGCUCCGGGGGCAUCAAUGCUGGUCCCCAUGAUUCCAAGUUGGCCAACAAGGUUGACCCCCGUGUAGACAGCGAUCGUGACAACCGUGGAAACCACGGAACUUCCGGCUCCCAAUUCUCUAGCGGUGGUCUGGGCAACACCUCCACCGGUCACUCUGGAUACGGCUCCAGCAACCCUAUCUCCGGCAGUGACAACUACGGAAGCACUGGCAGCCACUCUCACGGCCACAGCUCCAACCCCAUCUCUGGCAGCGGUGCCUAUGGCGGCUCCACCCACACCACCGGCGGACAGGGCGGUUACGGCUCCAACCCCCUCUCCGGCAGUGACAACUACGGCAGCACUGGCCACACCAGUGGACAAACCGGCUACGGCUCCAGCAACCCCAUCUCUGGCAGUGAUAACUACGGUAGCUCCACUCAUGGCCACAACACCAGUGGCCUUGACAGCCGCACAGGUGGCCAGGGCUACGGUGGCCACUCCACUGGUAACAGCAGCUACAAUGAGAACACAUCCAAGACUGGCAAGACCACUGGUCCCCAUGGAUCUGAUCUCUUGAACAAGCUUGACCCUCGUGUUGAUGAGAAGAGCAACCCUGUUCACAACCAGCGCAGCGGGUACUAA